AAUAAACAAGUACUGUAUUUUACCACGAAGUUUUCAAUUGGUGUAAACAAUGAGCAAAACGUACCGAAAAGUACAAGUGGUUGAACUGUCGACGAGCGCCAGGACUGCGGGCCGAGUGGUUGAGACGCCAAUGCGUGCGGUGGCCGACGACGAGCUACUGGUCCGUAAUCUGUACGCCGGUGUCAACGCCACCGACAUGAACAUCACGGCCGGUAGGGGCGGUUACGGGGCCGCUAACCUGCCCUUUGAUUUUGGACUAGAGGGUCUAGGUGUGAUUGAGGCGCUGGGCAAAAGUGUGCAAGGUGCUAAAGGUCUAAACGUGGGCCAGGUGGGACUGGUUUUUACUGGUCCACCCACAGGGCCACCAAGGGCCUAUUCUGAGUAUAUCUAUGUUAAACCAGAUGAAUUUAAGCCCAUACCGGAAAAUAAGCCCGAGUACCUGGCCCUAUUGGACUGUGGACUUACCGCCUGUAUCGGCCUCGACCAGGCGGGCCGUAUAACUAGGGGUGAAACUGUGCUGAUAACAGCUGCUGCGGGUGGAACUGGGCAUAUUGGUGUACAGUGGGCCAAAUAUAAGGGCUGCCAUGUUAUUGGUAUGGCAUCGGCACCGGAGAAAAUCAAGUUGCUUAAGGAGUUGGGUUGCGAUCGGUCUGGAAUCGACGUUAUUUGGGAGACAAUCGGCGGUAAGACUUUUGAGACACUAUUCAAACACUUGGCAGUUGGCGGUCGACUCGUAAUUGUGGGCUCCAUUACCGGCUAUAAAGACCAGACCAGUGCACCGGUUGUGUCCAUACCUGAUAUCAACACAGUUUUACCCCUGGUUAUACGGCCAAUACAGGCG